AUGGUGUGCGCGCCGGAGAGGACGACCAGGUCCUCCGCGUUGAGGCCCUUGAUGACGAAGCUAGCGACGAGGUCGCUGAGGUUGGACGUCGGCGGGACCAGGAACUUGAGCGGCUCGGAGGCGUUGGAGAAGGUGCCGUCGCGGCGGCCGGCCGGCAUCUGGAAGUUUACUUUGCCCCUGCUGAGGAUGCAGGACGCGUCACGGGCCGCAAAGGCGACGAUGUCUGCACAGGAGACGACGCCUGGGCAGGCCGCCUCGAGGGCGUCUUUGAUGGCGUCAAUCAGCUCGAAGCCGCGCAGGGUAGGGUCGUUCGGCGGGCUGAGUUUCUCAGGCGUCGGGCUGAAUGGGGUCGGGUCCAGAAGGACGGAAGCAUCACAGCCCUAA